CCACGGUGGACCCGAGAUACAAACACCUGCAACAUAAAUUAGGGUUCGAAUUGAUCCAAGAACCCAUUUCGUGAUCGAAUCACUGAAUCUCAUCCGCUGAUUCCAAUUACUCCUGAUGAUACCAUUGGAUUGUCAAGCUUUCCAUAUCAAUCACACUCGGUGGUUCCAACUUUGCAUACCUCUCUCCAGUUCUGAAGAAAAUCAUAGAAUCUACUGAUCUUUACGUACUUAUUUAUCAAUAUAUAUAUCGAUUGCAUCUUUCUAUCAUGGAUGUUGAAGGAAACAAGCGCGUGUUCCAUCGACGCGGGCAGUCUUCGAUCGAUAAUAAACAGCAAAAAGUUUGUUACCAUUGGAGAGCAGGAAAGUGCAAUAGAUACCCAUGCCCGUUCUUGCACAGAGAAUUGCCACUGCCACAGCCUGCGGCCAAUGGUACGUCUUCGUCGAAGCGAUCCCAUGGGUCCAUUGAUGAACAGCAGUUACCCCGUAGGAAAGCCAACUUUAACAAUACUUGGGGAAGAGUUCCAAGCGGUGGAGUUGCGAGGAAGAUGGAGAAAGUGUGCACUUAUUGGGUUCAAGGGAGUUGUACCUAUGGGGAUAGGUGUAGAUAUUUGCAUUCUUGGUGUACUGGGGAUUGUUUUUCGUUGUUGACGCAGCUUGAAGGACACCAGAUGGUUGUUAGUGGGAUUGCGAUGCCAUCUGGGUCUGACAAGCUUUAUACAGGGAGUAAAGAUGAGACUGUAAGAGUGUGGGACUGCCAAUCCGGGCAGUGCGCUGGAGUGAUUAAUUUGGGCGGUGAAGUGGGUUGUAUGCUCAGCGAAGGCCCAUGGGUAUUUGUAGGCCUACCAAAUGUAGUGAAGGCGUGGAAUGCCCAAACGAACACUGACUUGACUCUUAGUCAUCCGCUCGGACAAGUUUAUGCCCUGGUUGUGGGUAAUGAUUUGCUCUUUGCUGGCACACAGGAUGGGACAAUAUUGGCUUGGAAGUUCAAUGCAGCUUCCAACUGCUUUGAACCAGCCGCUUCACUUAAGGGUCACACUCUUGCUGUUGUGACACUAGUUGUUGGAGCCAAUAGGCUAUAUUCUGGUUCCAUGGACCAUUCCAUAAGAGUAUGGGGCCUUGAGACUUUGCAAUGCAUACAGACAUUGUCAGGGCAUACAUCAGUUGUGAUGUCUGUUCUUUGCUGGGAUCAGUUUCUUUUAUCAUGUUCACUGGAUAAAACAAUCAAGGUGUGGGUUGCUGCCGAGAGUGGAAAUUUGGAAGUAACCUACACUCAUAGUGAAGAACAUGUAUGUUUCUUUAUUUGAUUUCUUAUUCUUAGAUUAGUGUCUGUGCUUGUAUACAACACUAGAGUUAAAAUUUGCGAGACUUUGAUUUUAGGUGUAAUACUAUAUAUUAGAACUAUUCCUAAUCGAAAAUGUACAACUGAUGGUAAAAGACAGGGAACGUCUUGGCUAAUUUACAAAACCUUUUGUAAACUUUACUCUUUCACACAAGGAUUUACUUCUCAUAAACAUGGCAUAGUGUAUACGAGCAGCAGAGGUCGUUCUCUUUUGAACUAAAAAAUCUUCUCAUAUAUGUUCAUGUUGGUUAAUAUGUUAUUCUUGCCAUUACUGUAUGACAAAUGGAAACAAUGGGAAGGUCCAAUUGCUCUGGGAUUGUAUUAUCUGGUUAGUCAUUAUUUUCUGUUCUUUGCUUUCUUAGUUCCUUUCUUUGUUUACUUUAUGAGGCUCUAUGCUAUCAAUGUCACUUUAAACAAGAAAUACCUGAAAGAAUUUUACUUUUCUAUUGAUCUAAGAUUUGGUUAAAAUUGCAUGUGUAUAAAGGGGGAGUGUCACUGGGAGUUAAGCAAUGUCAGAUACAGCCACAGAUGUGUAUACAGGUCUGGUAUCAAAAUUGCUGAUGCCACUUUUUUGUUUUUUCCUUUUCAUCUCUACAGUAUAGUGUGGAAAGAUGAUACAUGAGAAUAUUUUGCUCUGGAACGUUUUCUGCUUUGUAUUGGAACCCAUGCAGGUUAGAAUUCACAUGGGGUACUUAUUCAAACAGUAUCCGCAAAUCUAGAUUUUUGAACAGAUUGAUACUGACUUGUUCCCUUCAAAUUCCAAUGUGUGGCAGCAUAUUUAUUUAGACAGUUGAAUGAACUAGAGGUUAAUAUUCGGGCCAACAACCUUGGGAGGUUAUGGGAUCGAACAUCAGCGCCACCAGUUGACCCCUCUCACACAAACCCAUUUAUGGGGACCAAGCUUGGUCUUAUUGUUUUUUACCAUAGGAAGAAUUUUGAAUGGGUUUCGUUUUGAUUUGGAGCCUGAAGGUUUUGUGGUUCAAGAGGAGUUUUGACCCUUGGGAAAUAAAUUUACCUGCUGAACAGGGAUAAUGUUGUGGCAAUGCUGCACGUGCAAGCUCCCCGGCAAAAUCUUUCUGGGUGCCCUUUUUCUUUUGAGAAGGGGGUGCUUAGACUUUUGGCAAAGAGCUUUCACUAGUAUAUGUUAUCUUUAAGGUCCCCAUAAAUUUUUCAUGGGUUCAACUAUGAGUAGUGGUUUCAUACUUUCAUGUAUAGUUUUUUUCCCGUUUGUAGAUGUCUAGCCUGCCAGGAGUUGUCCCUGAUCCUUAUAGUUCAUGUACUAUGAAGGAGUUCUUGUUUAAGGAUUUAACUAGAAAAUUGCCUAAUCAAGUCUUUCUUAUGUUGGAAGUGAUAGAUUGGAUAAACAGAUGCUAUUAUGUCCUAUGACUGUCUGCCUUCGGAAGUUAUCAAGCUCAGGUUGUAGCAGGGCGAGAUGGCCAGUACUCAAAGCCACUAGGUUUUUUCUUGUAGGGCAUAUGGAAAUGUGACCUGCUGUGCUAGUCCAGGCUAAAAAAUGAGCGUUGUAGUCCAUGGACUUUGACUCCGGGGAAGCUCAUUCAGUUAUGGAAUGCAUUAAGGGCUCUUAAGUAGUAGAGAUAGGUUUGGAACCACCAUCCCGACCUAUCUAUUGAUUGAUGUGGGGAAAUGAAGGACCAGACCAAGAUCAUACAUAGCUGCAUCAAAGGAGCAAGUCAUAGCCAAAUGGUACACCUACAAGGAUAAGAAUCGUAACCCUGUGUCGUAGGGAUGCAAAGGCAUUAUCGGGGAGAGGCUUUUGUGAGAGAUAUGGGUGAAACGGAUCCUUUAAUUGACUUCCACUCUUCUGUCUUGUCUGAAGGAAUUCCGUUUUUGUUCCCAUGUUGUCUACUUUGCCAGACAUUUUCUUUGGGGUGGGU